UCGAUGGGGCGGGGCAAAGAACACCGGAAAGUUAGUUUCGCUUCCGGCUGCGUCGAGGGUUCCCGCCUCUUCGAAUCCGGGUGGAAGGAAAGAAAGAAAGAAUCGCGGGCGGCGGUUUCCGAGAGGGGAAAGCGAGCGGGGGAACGACGCGGGGUAAAAGGCGGGAACGGCCGACUAUGCCCUUCUCCGUCAUGGUCGUUGCUUCAGCUUCCGGCGUGAGGGUGGGGGUCUGGACGUGUCCCUAUGGCAACAGCGCGCCUUGCCACUAAUCUCCCAGGCCCGACGCGCUUCCCACGAGAGCCCCUUUCUCUGCGGUUCCGGCUCCACUUCCCUUCCGUCCCCAUAGAAGGCCUGGCCUCGUAAGGAGUGACUGAAAGAGAAAAGAAAGGGCGGGCUCCGGUCGAGUGAACGGCGAGCGCGGGAGUCGGAACAGGCCUGGCAGAGUUUGACGGUUCUUGAAGAUUCAGUUAAUUUGAGUCAGUUAUGUAAAGAGCAUAAUGAUGGAUGAAACUACUGACUGUAUGAAGAUGGAUGCUGGGGACUAUAUGCAAGCUAAUCAUACUUCUGUGUUCAAGACUUUUCCUGAGCAACAGAAUUUUAUUUCAGGCAACCAGCAUCCAUUGUCUGACAACAAGUUUUUAUCAAACAAGUUUAACAGCUUCGCCGAACCGUCCACUUCUCUAACGGGAAAUACUUGUAGUUUCAAUUACUAUCCAGAAUCCCCAAGCUUUGAGAGCUGCCCAGCAACUGAAGUAAGAAGAACAUUUGGAACAAGUGCCAAUGGUCAGUGGAAGAGUUGCAGCUCCCCUCUUGGCUCUGUUUCACAGAAGCCCAGAGUAAGUCGCAGUGUAUAUUUUGAAACACGCAAAAAUCCAAGUAUGGCGGCAAAUUCCUUUGUAGGAAAAUCAAACCACCACAGUCACAUUUCUACCUAUGAAAAAGCCUUUCCAAUUAAGUCCGUUGCUAAUCCAUCAUGUCGUCGGAGCUUACUAAGUCCCAAGAAGUCUCAGAGAAGAUUCGUCAGUACUGUAGAAGAGAUAGUUCGGGAAGAAGAGAAAGAAAUAUACAGGCAGUUGAUUCAAAUGGUUACAGGGAAAAAUCUGUCAGCUUCCAAAGCCUCUUCAUUAUUGUCUCUUCAUCUGCCCAGGUGUGCAGAUUCCAAUAAAAAAAAUGUGAAAGAAACUGAAAACAAACGUAUGAAACCUUUUGAUGUUUGUGGCCCCUCUCUGGGCAACCAGUCAUCCAGUCUUCUCAGGAUACAGGAGCAGCAUUCUCACAAACCACUGCCACAACCAGUUUGUAAUUUUACUUCCCCUGUUAACUUUGAUCUCAAGACCAGUACACCCAUACAACAAACUAAUCUAGUAGCAUUGGAUGUGCAGACUGAAGGAUGUGAUUCAGUCAUAAUGUUAAAUGGCAAAGACUUCAGAUCUCCAGCUCCAAGUAUACCUUUCUUUGAAGCUGAAUUGUGGAUAAAAGAAUUAACCAGUGUAUAUGACUCCCGAGCCCGUGAGAGAUUGCGACAUAUAGAGGAGCAGAAAGCCUUGGCAUUGCACUUACAGAAUCAGAGACUGCAGAAAGAGACCUCAGUACCUGAGUCAAUAAAUUUACAUCUUCGAGUUCCUCUUGAAAAGGAAAUUCCUGUUACCAUUGUUCCAGAAGAUAAUAAGAUAGUGGAAAGUGAAGAUGAAUUUCCUGAAAUUACAGAGGAAAUGGAGAAAGAAAUAAAAAAUGUAUUACGAAGUGGAAACCAGGAUGAAGUGUUGAGUGAAGCCUUCCGAUUAACCAUCACUCGGAAAGACAUUCUGACUCUUAAGCACCUCAACUGGCUCAAUGAUGAGAUUAUUAAUUUCUACAUGAAUAUGCUGAUGGAGAGGAGUAAACAAAAAGGCUUUCCAACUGUUCAUGCAUUUAACACAUUUUUCUUCACCAAGUUAAAAACUGCUGGGUAUCCAGCUGUAAAACGUUGGACUAAAAAAGUAGAUAUAUUUUCUGUGGACAUUUUAUUGGUUCCUAUUCACCUUGGUGUCCAUUGGUGCCUAGCAGUUACUGACUUCAGGAAAAAAACCAUCACCUACUACGAUUCAAUGGGUGGAUCCAACAGUGAAGCUUGUAAGAUACUCUUGCAGUACUUAAAACAGGAAAGUCUGGAUAAAAAGCGCAAGGAAUUUGAUACCAAUGGCUGGAUGCUCCUGUGUAAAAGAAGCCAGGAGAUCCCACAACAAAUGAAUGGCAGUGAUUGUGGAAUGUUUGCCUGUAAAUAUGCUGACUGCAUUACCAAAGACAAACCAAUUAACUUUACUCAACAACACAUGCCUUACUUCCGGAAACGAAUGGUCUGGGAGAUCCUCCAUCGUAAGCUGCUGUGAUUUCAUGCCAAGUAAGACUCUUCAGAGACUGAAAACCCCAGGUUUCCUCUUCUUGGCCAUCUCCAAAUGGACUGCAUGGGUUUCUCCACUGACAAGACUAUGUACAUUACACUUGGUAUCUUUAAAAAGAAAAUACAUCUAUUUCUUGGACCAGUGUGCCAUGCGGCCUUUUUGAAGCACACAUUUUCUUUUAUAUUUUGAAACUCUAUUUUUUACAAGGGACAUUUGAGACUUGGAGGAAUGCAGCUUUUUAUCUUCAAGAAGAUUUCUGCCUCUCUUAAUAAAAUGGCCGGCUUCUGCAAAGGACUUGAGACCUGCCAGUGUUCAGCUGUAGGCCUUGGUGCAGGGAAGCACUUGCAAUCUUUUCUUGGAUCUGUCAGGAUCUAGAGAAGACUCAAUGUCAUAGUACUAAGUAGUUGUGGGUUCUCCAUAUUACUGUUGCUGCAGCUAAUUAUCUGAUGUAAAACAUGCAGGGAUGUGUUUUGGGGAAUCUAUUUGGCCUAGGUUUUUCAGACAUAUGUGCAUGUUUAUGUGUUUUCUGAUUCUUAUAAUCUGUUAAUAACAUGGUGAUUCCCACAGCAGUUGCAACAACUUAGAUUCCCUUUUAUUCUUAAACUAUUAAGAGAAAUGGCAUUCUUUAAGAAUGGAAAGCGAAUAGUCACCAGCACAUGAAAAGUAACCACUUGCUCUGUUUUUCACCAUGGCAGUGACCUUUUGAAUUCUACAGUAGAGCUGCCCAGUGGAAAAUUAACAAUCCUUUAUGUUGACAUUCAGUGUUUAUUUUGUCACAGUAAAUGAGUCAUCCUCUGAUUAUUGAGAGAUUAUGAGGAUUAUGAGUUAUCCUCUGAUAAUUCAGGACUAAGCAUUUAUCCUAAAGACAGGCAAGGAUUUGUGGGAAGAGGCAUUGUGCACCGAAAGUCCUUAUUCUUCACUGUCCCCUCCCCAAGCCUGCUGUGGUGGAUUUUGAAUCUGAGAAAGAAAAGUCAGACACCUUUGUGGCCUACAUCACUACAUUCAGAUGACUGGGAUUAUUAUUGAAAGCCAGCAUUUUUUGUCUUAUAUUCUUGCAAUGCGAUCUGGAUCUUAGUUUCAUGAAAAACUAAAAUUUUGAAGAGUUGGUGCAUUACAUUCUCAAUAAAAGUAGGAUUUAUAGCAAA